GAACGGUCCUCAUGUGUCAUAUGUUCCUUUCAUGUCGUGUUUAUGCACUCAUUGAACAUUGAUUAAAGUUUGAUCGGGAUAGAGAGGAUGGAGAACAGUAUGUGCAGUGAUGUGGCGGCUGUGGAGCUCAUCACAGUUCAUGAUUUCUGUGAGAAGAUCCUGGAGCAGCAGGUUCAUUUUCACGUGAUGAAGAUGAGCGGUGGAUUCUUCCUCUGGAUCGGUUCGAACCCGGUUCUGUCCAACCUCGCCGUGUCCAUCAACAGUAAAUAUGGUUCAACGCCUCUGUCCACUCUUGUGCUGGGUGACACAUCAGACACCACACCAACCUCUCUUGCACAGAGACUCACAAAGAAGACAAAGAAACAGGUAUUUGUAAGUUACAAUUUACCCCUGUCGGACUCGAAUCUCUUACUGCUGGUGGAGAACCGGAUCAAACAGGAGAUGGAGCUUCAUCCAGACCAGUUUUAAACAUCUUUUUUGGACUUUUUUUCUGCUGUAUUUUUGUAAAAUGAUGUUUUACAUUGUGACAUUAUUUUUCCUCCAAUUGUGAAACGGUAACGAAAAUCGUAACAUAACUUUUUAUUAUUAAAAUAAGCAUAAAUUUGAUAAAAAAAAUUAAAAUGCUUCCAUGAAGUAUACUUCAAGUUUUACUUUGCAGUUAUAGUGUGAAUUUGGGAAUAAAGUGUUUAAUUGUAGUGAAAAUAAUGCCAAAAUGCAAAUAAUAAUAAUAACUGUCCUGAAAUAGGCUUUACUUUAACCCUCAUAUUGUAUUCUGUCAUUGGUCAUCUCAAUUGGCCAUCUGAACAUACCAGAACAAAUUGGACUUGAUUCGAUCAGUUUAAGUGGUCAUAAAAAAAAGUGACACCUUUGGUAUUUGCGGUCAAAAUUGGCCGACCAUUGAAAUGAAUGAAAAUGCCCAAAAAAUGUUUUUCUUUAUCUGUCAAAUACAAUCUAUAAAUCAGCCACAAUGCAGAAACAUACAGAUAGAAAUUACAGGGUGAAACUCUAAAACAUCCUCCGGUCCAAAACAUAUGCACACGCAUACACACACACCCACUCACGCACGCACACACUCACGCACGCACACACUCACGCACACCCACACACACCCACUCACGCACGCACACACUCACGCACGCACACACUCACGCACGCACACACUCACGCACGCACAUGCACACACACAUACACCCACUCGCGCGCGCGCACACACACACACAUACACAAGCACACCCACCCACUCACACACACACACACACACGCACACACACACUCACUCACACUUGCACACUUUCGCACUCGAACACUUUCACACACACGUGCACACACUUACACGCGCACACACACGCUUACACGCGCACACACACACACUUACACACACACACUCACAAAAAUUAACUGGUGAGACUAUAACACAGAGCUAUAUUUAUAUUUGGCCAAAAAAUCAACAAUAAUAAAUCAGUCACAAUGCAGAACACACACACACUCAGAAAUUAAGGUAUAAGAUGAUAACACACUCCCAAAGCAGAACACACACACACACACUCUCCCAAUGCAGAACACACACACACACACACACACUCUCCCAAUGCAGCACACACACACACACACACACUCUCCCAAUGCAGAACAGUCACACACACACACUCUCCCAAUGCAGAACACACACACACACACACACUCUCCCAAUGCAGAACACACACACACACACAGACACUCUCCCAAUGCAGAACAGUCACACACACACACUCUCCCAAUGCAGAACAGUCACACACACACACUCUCCCAAUGCAGAACACACACACACACACACACUCUCCCAAUGCAGAACACACACACACACACACACUCACUCCCAAUGCAGAACAGUCACACACACACACUCUCCCA